AUGCCCGCAGAGACCAGAAGUAAAAGUCGUACAGUCGCGUCAGCGCCGGCCGCUCCUCCACCCAAGUCGCUCCGGCCGGUAUUGCGUCGCAAGGUAGCAGCGUCGACGCCCUCCCCGACCCAGGGUUCUAAACGCCGGAUGCCUCGUACAGCAGCAACUUUGGGGCAAUCGAACCCUACAUUUCGGGCUUCUGACAACCGCAUUCCGCCACAUCCUCCCUCUGAAUCCAUUUCUACGACGGGACGUCUAACACCUCAGACCGAUGCGACUAUUGAACAAUCGGAUGUCGCUCCUCCUUCUCACGACAACCGCAUUGAAAUUGACCCUCCUGCUGAUUCUCGCCUUAUGACGGAACUUGUCGGACGCGACCCUCAGCUUCCGGUUUUAUAUGAACUUAAAUCACAUCCUAAAGUCGACGACCCCAAGGCCCGGAUCAUCCUGGGCAUUGCAGAUUGGUCAAUGGACGCGAUGAGGCAUAGAUUUCAUUACUCCGCUAAUUUGAAGUUUUUCUAUUUUUCAGGAAUGCUAUACAUAAAACCAAGCGACAACAUUUUUUAUUUAGAACGCAAUAGAUACGGUUCGGGGCUUCCUGGAGACGAUGUACUUAAAUCCUGGACACUGAGCAAACAUGAGCGAGAUCCAAUAGACCUUCAAGAAUGCCGCAGACUUCAGGAAGAAAUCUUGGGGCCUCAAGAACUUAUGUCUUCGCAGAAACCCGUUAAGGACACAAACGGAGAGUACUCGGGGGGUAUUCAGUUUGAACGAAGCGAUUGCGCAGUUAAUAUCAAGUCCGGUCCUCGAUGCUACACCCUUGGAUCAACCCUACAGGCACAGAAAUCCCUCAGCGCUCCAGGAGUUCAGAGCAAAGUGUAUACUCAGGCCAGGGAUUAUGAUCUGCAAAUGCGGUUCAAUAUACUUCAAGCUGGGGCAAAAGCUGGUAUUGAAGGAGUUAAGAAAGCAUCCAAGCAUUUGUUCCAGCGCCUGAAGUGUCAAGCCGAGGUGGCCUCGCUAGCGCCAGUAGGAUAUGAUGAUAAUUGCGUCUGGCCGUCUUGGCAACUGAAUGUAGCUCCUGGAGUUCCACAGCAUGAUGUUGCCUUGGAAUCCUCGCUCGGAAAAUUUGGGAUGGCACAUGUUGACGCUGCCGACAGUUCAGGUGCUCCAACUUGUAUGCACGUUCUCAGUCGCUACAGGGCCGACGUGGCGCCUGAAAAUUUUUACAUUUUAUGCUGCGGAUUGGCGUAUCUCAUGGAGGAGUUUUCCGUCAUAUUUUUCUCUGGUCUCCAUUUCCAUGGAGGUCAUCAACCCAUUUACGUCCAACAACCCAACGAAAUCUACUAUCGCCUAACUCUCAUCGGUUACCCUCCUGGUCAACUAAUUGACGGGGUUGAUAGCGUCGCUUUUGCGGCUGGAGUUAAUGAUACAACUUUUGCCAUCGGUAUUGAAAUGCGAAAUCCAGUGUCGCACAAAUUAUCGAAGACGCCAAUGUGCAAGCAAGCUACAUGGACUGCGGACGGAGGUUCUUUACUUUCUCCUAAGGCUCAUAUCAAUCACUUCAGUCGACUUCUUCUCCAAGCAAUCACGCAUUUUGCCCGUCAGUUGCCUCCGGAAUUGAUUCCACGCGUUGAUAAAUCGUUAGCCAUGAAAAUGGUUUCUGUGGUUAUCGAUAAUAAGAGAGUUACGGCGGAUGAGUGGGAUCUGGGUCCCGGAUGGAGAGGCGAUGAUGUCAAAAUCGGUACCGACUACUCAGGCAUCCUUAGUGGAUUAGGCGUUUCAUCCAUCGAGGAUCUUUUGUCAGAGGAUCUUGCAAGGCUUUGUAACUCGGAUUCUAUGUCCGAAGCACCGUACGGUAACGUUGAACUCCAAGAGGCUGUACAAGAAUGGAAAAAACACAUGGAAAGCUCAGCAAAGUCUAUUCCUUUGUGUGUAACCGCUGGAGACCACGACGAAGAAGCCGUGAUUGGAUUACAGAGCAAAACAGGUUCGCGCAAGGGAGCGGUUAAACGGGCACGGACUAGGGAUGUUUCUGAAAUGGAUUUACAUAUCAAAAAGCGUAGAAAUACAUCACAACAAACCUUGACCUCAAGCAAGGCUCGCCGAAUGAGCCAUCGCAAGAAUCCCGAAAGCAACUCCGGGCCAGAUAUCAAUCUGAACUUCGAAGACAAUCUAUAUGGAGACAGAGAUUCUACGGUCACAAAAUCGAAAGCUUCCAAGAAAAAUGCUGCUCCUAAAGAACGAAUUACCCGGCAUAGCAGUUCGGUAACAUCCCUAGGAACAAGCAAAUUUUUGAAUGCUUUGAGGCCAGAAUGCAUAUCAAAAAUUUUGGCUGCUUUAAAACGCCUCCCAAUCGAUAACACUCCCUCUCAAGGGCAGUCAAAGUGGCUUGACGUGUCUUUGAUAUCCGAAAUUCUCAGUCAGCCUGUGAUUUCAGGUGACAUUCGUAGAGCCUGCGAAUUAUACGCUUCAUACAGCCAGAAGAAGACAAUUUCGAAACUUGAUCUCCAAUUCCAACAAAAGCAGCUUCUCCUUUCCAACGUUCUAUUAUGGGAGUGGUUGGACAGCGUCCUCGAGCAAGCCUAUCGUAGCAAGGACGACAUCUCAAAUGGCUUGGGUGUACUGGUUGAGUGGUACCUACCAUCUUUUUGA